AUGGGCGGCGCCGCUCAGAAACCUCUUUAUAGCACAGGAUCCUUUACUGGUUUCCACCGCGAAUCGAUAAGCAAGCUGGGAGCAGGUUAUCUAUCCGCGGAGCCACAUACCAGACAGCCAUUAUGUGCAAAUGCAGAGGGAUGGGGUCCGUUGAGUAAAUACAGAUAUGACUUCACGCCAUGUUUUAUGGAUGUGUGGGUUGCGACUGUUGCGGCAUUUGGUGUUAUAGGAGGUGCGGUUGCGAUCUGGUGGCUGCUGAAAAAGAAACAGAGCUUUGUUGUGGAAAAGAACUGGCAUUUCUGGAGUAAACAGGCGCUGAUUAUUGCAAUUGCCCUCUCGGUGGCGGUUCAAUUCGGAUUCCAAGUCAUUAACUAUCCUGAUGUUUGGGCGGAAGAUUUUCGAGCCUGGGCUAGCAUACUUACAAUUGUGUCUCUCGGAUCCAUAUUUACCAUCCAAUGGCUCGAACAUAACCGAUUGCGAAAUCCUAAUGGAGUAGUGUUAUUCUACUGGCUUCUUCUACUCAUUGCGCUCAGCGUCAAACUACGAAGUUUGAUUUCGCAGAAGUUAUAUCAAGAAAAUGAGGGAUAUUUUAUUGCAUACUGUGUUGCCUACGGACUUUCAUGGGUUGAGUUCGGUUUGGAAUGGCUUGUUCCGAAGAAGAAGAGCGAAUACCAGGCUUUGGAGGACGAUGACGAAUGCCCGGUUGAAUAUGCUACGGUCUUUUCAAUCCUUACAUUUGGUUGGAUGACACCUAUGAUGAGAUAUGGAUACAGCAAAUAUUUGACCGAGGAGGAUUUAUGGAAUCUUGCGAAGAGAGAUACAACGAAGGCUACAUCCGAAACCUUCAGCGAGUCUUGGGCACAUGAGGUGGAACAAAAGAAGAAUCCUUCAUUGUGGAUGGCUCUUUUCAGGUCAUUUUCCGGGCCAUAUUUUAGAGGAGCUCUUUUCAAAAUCGUUUCCGAUACUUCUGCUUUCAUCCAGCCCCAACUUUUGAGACUCCUCAUCACUUUCGUGGACUCAUAUCGUCCAGGUAAAACACCGCAACCGGUCAUCAGAGGAGCUGCUAUUGCUUUGGGUAUGGCUGCUGUGUCGAUCACCCAGACAAUUGCUUUGCAUCAGUACUUCCAGCGUGCCUUUGAAACUGGAAUGAGAAUUAAGACAGCACUGACAGCAGCCAUCUAUUCGAAAUCACUGAAGCUCUCCAACGAAGGAAGAGCAGCAAAGUCAACUGGUGACAUUGUCAAUUAUAUGGCUGUUGAUACACAACGUCUCCAGGAUCUGUGUCAAUAUGGUCAGCAACUGUGGUCUGCACCAUUCCAGAUUGUCCUUUGUAUGGCAAGUUUAUAUCAGCUCGUUGGCUGGUCUAUGAUGGCAGGCGUGGGAGCUAUGGUUUUGAUGAUACCUGACUCGAGAACCAGGCUCAUUGCAGAGAUUGUCAACAACAUGAAGAGCAUCAAAUUGUACGCAUGGGGAAGCGCAUUUAUGUCUAAGCUCAACUAUGUUCGAAACGACCAAGAAUUGAAGACUCUCCGAAAGAUUGGAGCUGCUCAAGCUAUUGCGAAUUUCACAUGGUCCACCACGCCAUUCUUGGUCUCAUGUUCUACAUUUGCUGUUUUCGUUCUCACGAAAGACACGCCUCUCACUACAGAUAUUGUUUUCCCAGCUUUGACUCUUUUCAACAUGUUGACCUUCCCGUUGGCCAUCUUACCAAUGGUCAUCACUUCCAUCAUCGAGGCUUCUGUUGCGGUAGGACGUCUAACGUCAUUCUUUACCGCUGAGGAGCUCCAGCCUGACGCUGUGGUUGUUCGAGGCGCAGUUGAGGAGAACGGGGAAGAGGCUAUUUCUAUUAGAGACGGUACCUUUUCAUGGGAUAGACAUCAGGAACGAACAGCAUUGGAAAACAUAGACUUCACUGCGAACAAAGGCGAGCUUUCUUGCAUUGUAGGACGAGUUGGUGCAGGCAAGUCAUCAUUCCUACAAUCACUUCUCGGAGAUCUAUGGAAAGUCCGAGGAGAGGUUAUUGUUCAUGGGGCUACCGCAUACGUGGCUCAACAAGCUUGGGUGAUGAAUGCUAGUGUCAAGGAGAACAUAGUGUUUGGUCAUCGAUGGGAUGCUAACUUUUACGACAAAACAAUCAAGGCUUGUGCUUUGACAGAGGACUUUGCUCAAUUACCUGAUGGAGAUGAGACUGAAGUGGGAGAACGUGGUAUCUCGUUGAGUGGAGGGCAAAAGGCACGAUUAACGCUGGCAAGAGCUGUUUAUGCUAGAGCUGAUAUCUACCUCCUUGACGACGUCCUAUCCGCAGUUGAUCAACACGUUGGAAGACAUUUAAUUGACAAUGUUCUUGGACCGAAUGGGCUUUUGUCUGGAAAGACAAGAAUUCUCGCCACCAAUUCCAUUCCGGUCUUAAUGGAGGCUGACUUCAUUUGCUUGAUUCGAGACGGGAAGAUCAUUGAGCGUGGAACAUAUGAUCAACUUAUGGCAAUGAAGGGUGAUAUCGCAAACCUUGUUAAGACUGCUGGAACAGGAGACAACUCCAGUGAAGAAGUGUCAAGUAGUUCUUCGACUAUCACCAGCGCCAGCGUCGAAGAGGAUAGUCAGGAAAAAGCCGAGGAAAUGGAAGAAGCUCAGGAAGGACUCGCUUCAUUGCAGUCAAUCAGACCUGGAGGAUCGGGAGUGAAGAAACGCAAGGGGAGCUCUGCGACCCUGAGAAGAGCAAGUACGGCUAGUUUCAAGGGUCCGCGAGGCAAACUCCGCGAUGAAGAGGAAAACCCAAAAUCAAAACAAACCAAAGAGCAUUCCGAACAAGGAAGGGUCAAGUGGAACGUGUAUGCCGAAUACGCUAAAACAAGCAAUAUAUAUGCCGUCUUAAUCUACGGCUUGAUGUUAGUCGGCGCGCAAACAGCGCAAAUAGGUGGAAGCGUGUGGCUUAAAAACUGGUCUGAGGUCAACGGCAAGGCUGGGAAGAAUCCACAAGUCGGCAAGUACCUGGGAAUAUAUUUUGCUCUUGGUAUUGGUUCAUCGGGUCUUGUUGUAGUGCAGACCCUGAUCCUCUGGAUAUUCUGUUCGAUCGAGGCAUCAAGGAAGCUUCACGAGAGAAUGGCUUUCGCAAUCUUCAGAUCUCCUAUGAGCUUUUUUGAGACAACUCCCGCCGGCCGGAUUUUGAAUCGCUUCUCUAGUGAUAUUUACCGUGUCGACGAGGUGCUCGCCAGGACCUUCAAUAUGCUAUUCGUUAAUAGUGCUCGCGCGAUGUUCACGCUUGCAGUUGUCUCAAUUACCACCCCCGCAUUUAUCGCCCUCAUCAUUCCACUAUCAGGUGUAUACUAUUGGGUCCAGCGUUACUACUUGCGGACGUCUCGGGAACUAAAACGCCUCGACUCUGUCAGUCGAAGCCCAAUCUAUGCCCAUUUCCAAGAAUCUCUCGGUGGCAUCACCACAAUUCGGGCAUACCGACAGCAGUUACGUUUUGCCAUGGAAAAUGAGUGGCGGGUUGAUGCAAACCUUCGUGCAUACUUUCCUUCUAUCAAUGCAAACAGAUGGCUCGCUGUGCGACUUGAAUUCCUUGGCUCCAUCAUUAUCUUUAGUGCCGCCGGAUUCGCCAUUAUAUCGGUUUCUACGGGCAGUGGUCUGUCCGCUGGUCUGGUUGGACUAGCCAUGUCAUAUGCCCUUCAAAUUACCCAAUCCUUGAACUGGAUCGUUCGUCAAACUGUCGAGGUUGAAACUAAUAUCGUGUCAGUGGAACGAGUUCUGGAAUAUGCACGACUGCCGAGCGAAGCACCCGAAGUCAUCCACAGAAACCGGCCACCAAUCAGUUGGCCAGCUAAUGGUGCCGUUGAGUUCAAAAACUAUAGCACGAGAUAUCGUGAAGGAUUAGACCCGGUACUCAAAAACAUCAACCUGGAUAUUAAACCUCAUGAGAAGAUUGGUGUUGUCGGAAGAACUGGAGCAGGAAAGUCGUCUUUGACGCUAUCCCUGUUCCGCAUUAUUGAGCCGACGGAGGGGAAUGUAAACAUUGAUUCGCUCAACACCUCUAGCAUUGGUCUGCUUGACCUCAGACGGAGGUUGGCGAUCAUUCCACAGGAUGCGGCUCUGUUUGAAGGCACCAUUAGGGAUAAUCUAGACCCCGGUCAUGUUCAUGACGAUACAGAACUAUGGAGUGUUCUAGAACACGCCAGGCUAAAGGAUCACAUUGCGACUAUGGAUGGUGGAUUGGAAGCCAAGAUACAUGAAGGCGGAUCCAACCUCUCACAAGGACAACGCCAACUCGUCUCCCUCGCUCGUGCCCUUCUCACACCAUCCAACAUCCUGGUCCUCGACGAAGCCACAGCAGCUGUGGACGUUGAAACAGACGCCCUUCUCCAGACUACCCUGCGCAGUCCACUAUUCGCGAAACGCACCAUCAUCACGAUCGCUCAUCGCAUCAAUACCAUCUUAGACAGUGAUCGUAUCGUGGUACUAGAGCAAGGACGGGUGGCGGAGUUCGCGAGCCCAAAGGAUUUGAUGGAAACGAAGGGGUUAUUCUAUAAGUUGGUUAAGGAGGCGGGGUUGGAGGGGAAUGUGAGGUAA